AUGGUUUCAAAGGACCGAAAACGUUCUGAAAAAAAGAAAGAAUCGUCCAGAAAACGAAGAAGUGAAAAUGCUUCGAUUAGUUCGUUGGAUUCUGUUUCGGAAAAGCGCAUAAAUGUUGAAAACGAUGAUCAAUCUAAUACAUUAAAAAGUAACCGAGUAAGACCCUGUAAAAAACAGCAAGAGGGUUCGGGUCUGAAGCUUAAAAGUAUUGAUCCUGUUUCUCAAGCUUCUGAUGAUUUUGAAAACGAAGUUAUACAAGGAAUCUGUCGCGACUUAGAUAUUGCCAGCAUUGAAUCUUCAUCAGAAACUAACAUUUCUAUUACUACUUUGCGUCGUUCUACACGACAUUCAAGCACAAUAUCCCGUUUUUCUGAAAUUUCUUUUGACGAUAAAUGGCCAACACACCGCCCUGUUGCUCAUAAAUGUUCUUUCUCUCACGUUGGUUUUGGAUGUGGUGCUAAGAGUGCUAAACACAUGCCAAAUUAUUACAAUUCGAUGUGCAAAGCAUUAUUGUUACCAUCGGAAACAAUCGGCCCGUCUGCGUUUGUUAAGUGUUGUGCAAAAGGGCGCGUCGAUUUAAACGAACGUUUCGCGAAUUUACAAGACAUUCCAAUUGGAAUUGAUAUUUUACUUCACAAUCCUGCUAAUUCUGCAACACGAAAUCGGCUCUUCAAAAAUGUAUUACGAUAUAAUGAUCAACUUUCUUUCGGCCAACUUCGUAUGGAGCGAACUUUUGACUUUUCUGAUUCUUAUCGGAUUGUCAAAACAAAUAAUAUGUUUAAUUAUAUGCUAUUUGAUUUUCGCCAACCUGGUGGACAACAUCAACCAGAAUUACGAGGUCAACUCUACACAAUUCCACCGAAUUCUUCUGAAGUCCGACUUAACGAGCUUUCGACUGAAAAUGAAUUAGAUCCAAUCAUACUUCAAGAGUUGUUUAAUAUUCUAAAACAAAAUCAUUGGAUGGCAGAACUAUUCAAAAUUGCCUCUGACGUUUAUCAAGAUCUGUCGGCCGACAUGCAACUUCAAUUUCGAAUGCUUGUAGUUGAUGCCAAUAAACGCGGAACAGAGCGCACUAUUGAAAAUGUUGUUUAA